AUGUCAGGAGACAACAACGGCAGCAACAACAAGCAGGACGACCCGACUAACAAUCCACUCUUCGGUGCUCCUCCCCCUCCAUCCACUUCCACAUCAGAUAUACCUCCCUCGCAAACAACCAAUAGUCAAGCUGGUGCUUCUACCAAUAACAGAUUCCAAGCUACCACCGAUCCUUUAUUUGGAGCUUCACCACCUCAAGAUGAACAAUUGACGACGUCGAUACCGACACCAACACAAUACCAUCAGCCGAUAAGAAGGGAAUUGAGGUCAUAUCAUCCCCCUGAACCUGCCUCACCAUCCAGAACCCUACUCUUCAUCCGUCGACUCACCUACAUCCUAUCCAUCCUUCUCGGUCUCUCCUCAGCCGUAGCUGGAAUAUGGUCAAUAUUCAUCCUACCCUUACUCCACUCUUCCUUCUCAGCUCGAAAGGCUCUGGUGGACCAGCAGACUGAACGAGUCAAUAAUCUCUUAGAGGGAAUAAAAAAGCUCAAAUCGUUGGGAAUAUAUACCCAAUCUGGGAGUAGUGGGGAUGAGGAUGAACAUGCUGGACGAGGGAACCAAAGGGAAGAAGCAAGUUUGAAAGAAAUCUCAUCAAGUAUAUCAUCCCUCCGGUCUGACAAUAUCAACAAUCCUGAACCGAAUGACGAAACCAACGAGAUCAUUCCUAUCACCUCACUGACGAGGUUAAUAUCGAAAUUGAAGAUCUUGUCAUCUUCAUUGGACGCUACGUCAACUACCCGUCUAUCUGUCAUUUCCACCCUUGAGGGAUAUACUUCUUCUAUUCACCAUCAAUUGUUCUUAUCCCGUUCGACCACAGGAGGGAUGAGCAGUUAUGGCGUGAAUAUGAAUUCGCUGUCUAAUCAUUUGAACCAGGAUAAAAAUCAGGGUAGAGAUAUGAUAGGAGGGACAGGAGAAGAAUGGGAUAAUACGAGGAAAGAGAUUAGGGCUAUAAAGGGUUUGUUAUUGAAUAGAAGACAGUUUGUAGCUGGUAAAUGA